AUGUCAUCUGAAGCCGAAGGGUGGAACAAAGUGUUGUGGGAAAGGCAGCCUUUUCCUGACAAUUACAUUCAUCCUCACUCCUUCCUCUCUUCCUUGAGGCGAAACCCUAAUUUCAAGCCGUACACCUAUUGGCCACUAGUACUCUUAUGCUGUGCGAUCACACAGCACUUAGCGACAAUCUUCACAUUCCUCGCAGUUUUUGUGAGGCUUAAGGAACGCUGGCUUGAUGCUCGUGUCCUGCUGUGGCUCUCGAUAGUUAGUUUCUUUGGAGGAUAUGCUUUGUACGAGAUCUUGAGUUGUUCUAAUCCUGUUCGUGGUACCUUCACUCGCUCGAAUGCGAUCAAAUCUUCCCUUCUUGUUUUCCUCGCUUUGAUGGGUUUGUCACCGGUUUUGCGAACUUUGACCGCAGCAACGUCCUCGGACUCCAUUUGGGCACUAUCAGCAUGUCUCUUCCUUCUUAACGCGUUGCUCGCCGAUUAUAGUUCCAUGAAACCAGUUCAACAGGAAAGGUGGAUUAGUGCCACGUUGACCCUGUUGUCAAUUCUCAUCUUCCGUUGUAGACUCUCAUCUGUACUAUCCAUGAAUGCCGCGAUCUCGUCAUCGGUUGUUUUGGCCUCGCGACUGCCUGACGAUUUGGCCGUCUUCGCUCUUGUCCUGUUUGCUGUGCAAUUGUUUGCUCUUUUCCCGAUCCUGCGUCAUCAGCUUCAGGUCACUCCACAAGUCGCACAGAUCCUCUUCACACUGACCCUUUGUGUGCUAUCGUUUACUCUAACGGCGCCUUUAUCCGUUUCGGUCGCCUACAUUUAUGCAGGCAUCUCGAUCACGGUGACGUUCGUUGCCCCGGGAGUCUUAGUCUGGGCACAGAAAUACAAAAAGCACAUAAGAGGACCGUGGGAUGUUGCAGUUCCGAGACUUAAUUGA